CGACACCUCAAUAUAAGCGACCUUCUUCGUGUCUUCAGACAAAUACCUCCAUACAAACGACAGCUCAAUAUAAGCGACUUUUUUUCAAGUCUCUACUAGAGAGAGUCCUUUGUUUAUUUAAAUUAUGUACUCUCCCUUAAUUUUUCUUUUAAUUAUUUUAACUACCAAAUUAAUUUCUGGUCAAGGACCACCCCCCAAAAAUGGAAUAAAAAUACCCGAAAAUGAAGAAAAUAAAGAAGAUGAUCUAGAAAAUCUUGGAAAGAAAAUAUUGAAUGCUGCAGCCAAAAAACUUUCAACAAUAAAUACAGAAGAUAUAGAGAAAAAAAUUACAAAAGCUUUGGGAUUGGAAAGUAAUGAAGGGAAUUGAUGGGAAUUCUUUUUUAAAUCUUGUCAGGAUUUUUUGAAAAUUUUUUUGAAAUUUUUCUUCGAUAAUUUU